CCUGGCCCGUGAUUGCUCGCCCAAGGAACGGGUGCCAGUAUUGUCUGUCAGUAGCUUUACUCUUUCCUUCUCAUAGACACAAACUACCAUGGAGCCCGUCUACCGAGAGGAUAAACCCAACCCAAUGGCAACUGCCAAUAUAUUCUCUAAAGUCUUUUUCUGUUGGUUAAACCCACUGUUUCGCAUUGGAUACAAAAGGAGAUUAGAAGAAAGUGAUUUGUACAAAGUGCUUCCAGAAGAUGGUUCUGAGAGAUUAGGAGAAGAACUGCAAAGGCAUUGGGAUGAAGAAGUCCGGAAAGCACAAAAACAAGCUCGAGUUCCCCAUCUUACAAAAGCCAUUUUGAAAUGUUUCUGGAAAUCAUAUAUCAUUUUAGGUGCAUUCACAUUUUUAGAGGAAACGAUCAGAAUUGUUCAGCCUAUCAUAUUAGGAAAAGUUAUUAAUUAUUUUGAAAACUACAAUCCAGAUGAUAUGGAGGCUUACAAAGUUGCCUUUGGCUAUGCUGCUGGUAUAUCACUUUGUAAUCUAUUUCUAGCAAUUCUGCAUCAUUUGUAUUUCUUUCAUGUACAAAGGAGUGGGAUGAAACUAAGAGUAGCAAUGUGCCAUAUGAUUUAUAAAAAGGCACUUCAUCUCAGCAACGUUGCAUUGGCAAAAACAACAACAGGUCAGAUAGUGAACCUGUUGUCAAAUGAUGUUAAUAAGUUUGAUCAGGUAACCAUAUUCCUGCAUUUUCUAUGGGUUGGACCGUUGCAGGCAAUUGCAGUGGUAGCACUACUCUGGCAAGAAAUAGGGCCAUCUUGCCUGGCUGGAAUGGUUAUACUACUUAUCCUGAUGCCUACACAGACGAUUUUUGGAAAGUGGUUUUCGGAACUGAGAGGCAAAACUGCAAUACUGACAGAUAACAGAAUUCGUAUAAUGAAUGAAGUUAUAUCAGGAAUGCGAGUCAUCAAGAUGUAUGCAUGGGAAACACCCUUUUCAAAUUUAAUUGCUCAAGAAAGAAUGAAGGAGAUUGCCAAGGUUCUGCGAAGUUCUUAUCUACGUGCCUUGAACAUGGCCUCAUUCUUUAUUGCUAGCAAGAUGAUAUUGUUUUUUACAUUCCUGGCGUACGUGCUACUUGGCAACACUAUAACAGCAAGUCGUGUGUUUGUCACAGUUUCAUUGUACAGUGCUGUGAGACUCACAGUCACCCUGUUCUUCCCAGCAGCUAUUCAGACAGCUUCUGAGGGAUUAAUCAGCAUAAGAAGGAUAAAGGGAUUCUUGAUCCUCGAAGAAAUUAAAAAGCCCAAUGAGGGUGUGCAGAACAGUGAAAAGAAUAAUUCAAUCCAUGUACAAGAUCUCACGUGCUUUUGGGACAAGACAAUAGAAACUCCAUCACUGCAACAUAUUAGUUUCUCCCUCAAACCAGGGGAGCUUGUGGCUGUGAUAGGACCUGUGGGUUCUGGCAAAUCUUCCAUUCUUGCUGCAAUUCUUGGUGAACUUGCAAAUGAAAAUGGGAUCUUGGACAUCAAAGGUAAAAUAGCUUACUGUGCUCAACAGCCAUGGGUGUUUCCUGGUACAGUGCGGAGCAACAUCCUAUUUGGCAAAGAAUAUCAAAGAACAAAAUAUGAAAAGAUCGUUACAGCUUGUGCUCUGAAGAGAGAUUUGGAACUGCUUCAGGAUGGUGACCUGACUCAAAUUGGAGAUCGUGGAGUCACACUCAGUGGAGGACAAAAAGCUCGAAUUAAUUUGGCUAGAUCUGUGUAUCAGGAUGCUGAUAUCUACUUGCUUGAUGACCCCCUCAGUGCCGUCGAUGCUGAAGUUGGGAGACACAUUUUUGAACGGUGUAUUACUGGUGUUUUGAAAAAUAAGCCUCGUAUUCUGGUGACACAUCAACUCCAAUAUUUAAGUGCUGCUGACCAGAUUCUGAUAUUGAGAGCGGGCCAGGUGGUUAGAAAAGGAAAUUUCAAGCAACUUUUAAAUGCUGGAGUUGACUUUUCCUCUCUGCUAAAACAAGAUGAAGAGGACGAACAGACAGAUUCCCAUUCUGCCACAAAAAUAACUAAAGAACGCACACUUUCACAGACCUCCAAUUUGUCUUUGAGUUCCUCAACACAGUCUCACAAAGAAGGUUCAUUUGAAUUACCGGGGGAGUCUGUACUCUCGGCAACACCAGAGGAGAGUCGCUCUGAAGGAUCAAUUGGCUUUAACAUUUACAAGAAGUAUUUUCUAGCAGGUGCUAAUGGUUUUAUACUGAUGGUUGCCAUCAUUCUCAAUUUGGUGACACAAGUGUCUUAUGUACUUCAGGAUUGGUGGCUAUCUUACUGGGCAACAAGUCAAGAGCAACUGAAUACGACUCAAAUAAGUAGUCAGAAUAACACAAUGCAACAGCUGGAUGUUAACUUUUACUUGGGAAUAUAUGCAGGUUUAACAAUAGCUGUGAUACUUUUUGGAAUUACCCGAAGUUUGGUCAUUUUCAAUGUGUUGGUGAAUGCAUCACAGGAGUUGCAUAACAGAAUGGUUGCAUGCAUAAUAAGAGCUCCUAUUUUAUUCUUUGAUAGAAAUCCAAUUGGUCGAAUCUUAAACCGUUUUUCAAAAGACAUUGGCCACUUGGAUGACUUGCUGCCUUAUACUUGCAUGGACUUUUUACAGACUUGUCUGCAGAUAUUGGGUGUGGUAGCUGUAGCAGUAGCUGUCAUUCCAUGGAUACUUAUUCCAAUCAUUCCACUUGUCAUUGUUUUUUUUUUCCUCCGGCGCUAUUACUUGAAAACAUCACGUGACAUUAAACGCAUGGAAUCAAGCACUCGAAGUCCAGUUUUCUCCCAUCUAUCUUCGUCCCUUCAAGGAAUUUGGACGAUUCGUGCUACAAAAACAGAGCAACAGUUUCAAGCAAAAUUUGAUGAACAUCAGGAUCUUCAUUCAGAGACAUGGUUUCUUUUUCUGUCGACUUCACGGUGGCUUGCUGUUCGCUUAGAUGCACUUUGUGCAGUUUUUGUUAGUAUUGUUGCUUUUGGAUCUAUAAUAAUUGCCAACCAGCUAGAUGCAGGACAGGUUGGAUUGGCUCUGUCGUAUGCUAUCACACUAAUGGGCAUGUUCCAAUGGGGAGUGCGACAAAGUGCUGAAGUUGAAAAUCUGAUGACUUCAGUGGAGCGAGUGCUGGACUACACUGAGCUUGAAAGUGAAGCACCAUGGGAAUCAUACAAGCCCCCACCCAAUGGCUGGCCGCACCAUGGAGUCAUUGUCUUUGAAAAAGUUAACUUUGGCUACAGUCCAGAUUGUGAGCCUAUUCUAAAGGACCUAAAUCUAGCAAUCAGAUCCAAAGAAAAGAUUGGGCUUGUUGGAAGGACAGGUGCUGGAAAGAGUUCGCUAAUCUCAGCUUUGUUUCGCCUUGCUGAACCAGAAGGGAAAAUCAUCAUUGAUGGCCUUGUGACCUCGGAACUAGGUUUACAUGACCUGCGAAAUAGCAUGUCCAUCAUUCCACAGGACCCAGUUUUAUUUACUGGUACCGUAAGAAAGAAUCUGGAUCCCUUUGAUGAGCACAGUGAUGAAGCACUAUGGAAUACAUUGGAAGAGGUGCAGCUAAAGGAGGUGGUCGAAGAACUGCCAAAUAAGAUGAUGACAGAACUUGCCGAAGCUGGUUCCAAUUUCAGCGUUGGACAAAGACAACUUGUAUGCCUUGCCAGAGCAGUUCUCAGGAAAAGUAAAAUACUUAUCAUCGAUGAAGCAACAGCAAAUGUGGAUCCUCGAACGGAUGAAUUAAUUCAGAAGACAAUUCGAGAGAAGUUUGAACAGUGUACAGUGCUGACAAUCGCUCAUCGGCUUAAUACAAUUAUUGACAGUGAUAGAAUUCUGGUGCUGGAAGCAGGAAGAGUUGCAGAGUACGCAGAGCCCUAUGUUCUUCUAGAGAACAAAGAUGGUUUAUUCUACAAGAUGGUGCAACACUUGGGCAAGGCUGAAGCAAUUGCUAUGACAAAAACAGCUCAAGAGAUAUAUUUGAAAAGGAAAUCUGCAGAAGGAACAUACACUGACCAAAUAUUAGCCAAUGGUUUGGCAAUUGUAUCGCCUAACAAUGUUGACUUUGAGACAUCAUUAUGAGCAGAAGAAGGAGUACAGAGUGGAACAUCUGCAUCUAACAGUAGAAGAAUACUUACAUCCUGAUGUUUCACAGGAAAUAUCAAUUUUCUUAAAUAAACAUGGUUUGGAGAAUGGAUAAUAAUUUGCACCAAAAGCUUUGACAUAUCCAUUACUGGACCUGAUUACAUUAGAUACUAUCAUAUUAAAUAUUGAACUUGAAAUCAACAAAUACCCACUUAUUCUGUGUCUGAAAUAGACUCCUGUUUUCAAAAAGGUAUCAGGUGCACCAAACAUAUUUAGAAGAAAUUAAUGAUAUAAAAAUUUGGGAGGGAGAAAAUUUCCCUUCAAUUGUUGAAGUGCGUUAAUUCCAUGAUUAGUAGUUAUCACGGCAGACCAGGAGGACCGAGUCAAGUUUGCAAAGAUUUUGAAGGGGCCUACUAUUGUAUUUUGUCCCUGAACAGCCCUCUGAAUAAAUUGCAAUAUAAUUGAUGCUAAGGUCAAACACUGAACUCAUGCCUAAAUUAUUCAGUAUGCCUGUUCCAUUAAUUCACUUUAUGCAGGCAAUAGAUAUUAUACACGUACUUCAUGUUACUUGUCUCAUGAAAAGUAAAGUUUACCAAAUAAAAUUUGUUCUUUGAUCAUUUCUCACAGUUUUCAGAAGCAACUAAAAGCUUGUUUAAUUGGCAAGUUAACUUAAAACAAGUCUACAAAUUGGGGGUUUUAAUUUCAGAAGAUUUAGCUGGAGGUGAGUCAGUUUAAUAGAAAAUUCUACAUUUGUAGCAAUGUGUCUAAAACUGAAAUUAAUUGUACACCGAAGGUGAUUCUUUUGGGAGGGUGCUUACCGUGAAAACCUGCUAAAGGCUGGAAUGACCAAAACUGAAGUGAUAAUGGAGCAUUAAACCUUAAUACUUGGCUUAGAUUGAGUCAGGCUAUAUGUCCUCCUGACAGUUAUUCCUUGAAUAUUUCAACUUGAAUGUAUUAGUAAUCUUAAAAAAAAACCUGCAUUGCUAUUUACUAAUAACAAUACUAGUUACACUAGUACAGUGAGCCUUCAACUGGAAGAGAUUUCUACAUUUUUAAGUACUUGGUGCCUUAGUAGCAAUAAAAGUUACCACAGUUGUGAAAAUACAUGGACCACAUUUCACUGUUCUUUAGUAUAGUGGAAAUUAGCCUUUGUCAAAACAUAUGAGAUAAAGUAAUGAAGUGUGAUAAGGAACCUUGCUAUAAUAUCUUGCCAUGAAGUUCAUGAUAUCCUUCCUUUAAAUAAUAUUGAAUUUAUUUCCCAAAUUCCAUUGUUGUACCUUAUGCUGUAGAAGAGAAAAGGUUAAUAAGCUACAGAAAUUGCUGGAAAAACUCAAGCAGAUCUGCAACAUCUGCAGAGAGAAAUCAGUUAAUGUUUUGGGUCUAGUGACCCUUCUUCAGAACUGUUCUGAAGAAGGGUCAAUGGACCCAAAAGGGUAACUGAUUUCUCUCCACAGAUGUUGCUAGACCUUCUUGAGAUUUUCCAGCAAUUUCUGUUUUUUGUUUGCGGUCCAGCAUCGGCAGUCCUUUCAGCAGGUUUUCGGGUUAAUGAGCUGAAUUUGUGUAGGAUGAUAAUAUGAGGUUUGGUUAAACAGAAAACUAUUUCAGCAGUUUCACCAAUGCCUUCAAAUGGUAUCAUUUUUACAUUUAGAUAUUUAAGAAUAAUAAAUUAAUUGAAACGUCAAGGAAAAUGUUAUGCUAAUCAGUUUAAAUCCUGUUUGAAGUGGAUGCUGAUUCAUAUGAAUGUUUGUUUUCAUUGCUCAGGGUUAUGAGUCCAAAGAUGCUUUGAUUAAGAUUUCAAGCCAUUGUUGAUUUCUGUAACUUUGUAUGGGUUGAUGCUGACAGCAUUUGGGUCCUUCCUGAAAAAAUAACUAGGAAUAUAUGAAUAUUAAAUACAAAAAGCAACUAGUAAAGCACUGAAAAAUCAUUAUCAAAGGAGUAUAUGCUUUGUAACAAGAGCUAUUUUCCUACAUACAAAACUGAAUCUUUGUACAUGCUGGAUUUUGCAGGUGGUUAGACUUAAGUCAGAAGCAAUCGAUCAGUUGUGAUCAAACCAACUUGCCCCACUCCUAUAUUAACUCAGGAAAGGUGAUGAAUAUGUAUGUGUUAAAUUAAAAGUUGAUUUAUGACUAUUUGCAAGGCAUUUUAAACUUUAUAUUCUGAAACUCCAUUUAUAUAGUUGCUUUUAUUUGGUUUUAUUGAAUUUUUCACUUUGUACACAAGGUGUAAGCUGCAAAUUAUUGCUGAUCUAAAAUUGACCAAGGAAUGAAAUGCAUUUGUAAAAUGGCCUUAUCUCAUCAAAGAGUUUUACACACAUUUUUAGAAUAAAUAAGUAGUUAACUUUCUCUUUUGAA